AUGAGUAGGCUGUGUCUUUCCACUGGAUCUUCCAGACCUUUGAUUGUGUUUCGCUUUGGCCCCUUGGUCCCUGUCAUUGAGGGCGCCGACAGACACGCCAAGAAAGAGCUUGUGGCCGAGUUGCAGGUGAUGAACACAGUUGGCUCUCAUCCAAACGUGGUCAAGCUGCUGGGAUAUUGUAUAGAAAAAGAUCCCGUGUACGUGAUCGUUGAGUACCUUGCUAAGGGUGACCUGAAGAGUGUUCUGAUGGAGUAUCGAGACAAGGACCCAGGGACAGGUUACUCCAACCUACCUGGCUUGAGCAAAUCACUGUCUAGGACAUUGGUCAAGUUUGCAUGGGAUGUGGCAAAUGGAAUGGCUUAUAUAUCCUCACUAAAGUAUGUGCAUCGUGACCUUGCCGCUCGUAACGUGCUGGUGGGAGAAGAUAUGGUGUGCAAAGUGUCUGAUUUUGGACUGGCCCGUGACGUUAUGAACACCCGCAUCUACCAUCGAGAAUCACAGGGUCCUCUUCCAAUGCGUUGGAUGGCGUUGGAAUCCAUUUUUGAUGACGUGUACACAACAAAGAGUGAUGUAUGGUCUUUCGGGAUCCUGCUGUGGGAGAUUGUGACACUUGGUGCGCGGCCGUAUCCGCUGUUGAGAGCAAAGACAAUGAUUAGCCAAUUACAACAGGGCUAUCGUAUGCCGAAGCCUCGACAAUGCAAGAAGCAGCUGUAUGACAUGAUGUGCAGCUGUUGGCAGAAGAGUCCCAAAGACCGACCCAGCUUUCAGAGUCUGUAUCAGCAAUUGGACGACAUGGUGUCUGAAGAUGCAGACUAUAUCAUCAUCACCGACCUUGAGGAAAGCAUAUACGAAGAUAACAUCACCGACGACACCAACGAGAAACUGUGA